AUGGCCAGCCCCGAAGAGCCACUUGCUCCCCUCCCCCAGGCCCCUCUGCCCCCGGCGGGGGACGAGCCCGGCUCCGGCAAACUCCGCCCGGAGCCCGGGCGCAGCGCCGCCGGCGGGAGGAGCGCCGCGGGCCCGGGCCCGGCCCCCGAGCCGCCUGGUCGCGGCCGGGCCGAGCGCGCCUGGUCCCCGCGCCCGCCCCCCUCUUCCGCUGGCCGCGCCAGCCCCCCGGGGGGCCCCGGCGCCCUGUCUGCGCGCGGCGGCGGGGGCGGCUGGGUCGCAGCGCGCGCUCCCUUCGCGCUCGCCUUCUCCUCCCCGGUCCGCGCCUCCGCUCCAUCUUCCUUUUACUUCUGGCCGCCGCCCCCCCAACCCCCGCCUUCUCUUCUCCCCUCCUCAUCUGCCUUCCACCUCCCCGCGCGUCUCCCAGGAAGGGAGGGCGCAGCGGCGGCGGCGGCGGCGGCCCGAGGAGGCGGCGGCGAUGCUGGCGGCGGCGGCGGACAAGAGGCGGCUCUCCUGAGCGUCCCCCACAGCAGGAGUCACCGCGGCGGCGGCGGGCGGCGGCGGCUCUUCCUUUCCCCCGCGCUCCGGGGCUUGCUGCUCUCGGCCCGCGCCGGGCCCCGGCCGCCGCCGCCGCCCCGGCUCCCGCUCGGCCCGGCCGCCCACUGCGCGGGCUCCCGCGGCUUCCCGGGCGCCGGCGGGGGCUGCUCCGCUCCGGGUCCCGGUCCCGGUCCCAGCCCGGGCGGCGGCGGCCGAACGGCGCGGCGGCCCCGAGGCGCCGGCGCCGCGCUCGCCGCCGCGUUCCCGCUGCUCUUCGGCUCCGACAUGGAAGAUGGACCUUCUAAUAACGCGAGCUGCUUCCGAAGGCUGACGGAGUGUUUCCUGAGCCCCAAUUUGACAGAUGAAAAAGUGAAGGCCUAUCUUUCUCUCCACCCUCAGGUAUUAGAUGAAUUUGUGUCUGAAAGCGUUAGUGCAGAGACUGUAGAAAAAUGGCUGAAGCGGAAAAACAAGAAAUCAGAAGAUGAAUCAGCUCCUAAGGAAGUCAGCAGGUAUCAAGAUACAAAUAUGCAAGGAGUUGUGUAUGAACUGAACAGCUAUAUAGAACAGCGGUUGGAUACAGGAGGGGACAACCAGCUACUCCUCUAUGAAUUGAGCAGCAUCAUCAAAAUCGCCACAAAAGCUGAUGGAUUUGCACUGUAUUUCCUUGGAGAGUGCAAUAACAGCCUUUGUGUGUUUAUCCCGCCUGGAAUCAAGGAAGGAAAACCCAAGCUCAUCCCCGCUGGUCCCAUCGCCCAGGGCACCACCACCUCUGCCUACGUGGCCAAGUCCAGGAAAACGUUGCUGGUGGAAGACAUCCUCGGGGAUGAACGGUUUCCAAGAGGUACUGGGCUGGAAUCAGGGACACGGAUCCAGUCUGUUCUUUGUCUGCCCAUCGUCACUGCGAUUGGGGACUUGAUUGGCAUCCUGGAGCUCUACCGGCACUGGGGCAAAGAAGCCUUCUGUCUGAGUCACCAGGAGGUCGCGACAGCAAACCUCGCCUGGGCCUCAGUAGCGAUACACCAGGUGCAGGUAUGCAGAGGUCUUGCCAAACAGACUGAACUGAAUGACUUUCUACUCGAUGUAUCAAAAACGUAUUUUGAUAACAUAGUUGCAAUAGAUUCUCUACUUGAACACAUAAUGAUAUAUGCAAAAAACCUGGUGAAUGCCGACCGUUGUGCCCUUUUCCAGGUGGACCAUAAGAACCAGGAGUUAUAUUCAGACCUUUUUGAUAUUGGAGAGGAAAAGGAAGGGAAGCCCGUCUUCAAGAAGACCAAGGAGAUCAGGUUUUCAAUCGAGAAGGGGAUCGCCGGCCAAGUGGCAAGGACCGGGGAGGUUCUGAACAUCCCAGAUGCCUACGCAGACCCGCGCUUCAACAGAGAGGUGGACUUGUACACGGGCUACACGACCCGCAACAUCCUGUGCAUGCCGAUCGUCAGCCGCGGCAGCGUCAUCGGCGUGGUGCAGAUGGUCAACAAGCUCAGCGGCAGCGCCUUCUCCAAGACGGACGAGAACAACUUCAAGAUGUUUGCUGUCUUCUGCGCUUUAGCCUUGCACUGUGCCAACAUGUACCACAGGAUCCGGCACUCGGAGUGCAUCUACAGGGUCACGAUGGAGAAGCUCUCCUACCACAGCAUCUGCACCGCGGAGGAGUGGCAGGGCCUCAUGCACUUCAGCCUGCCCGGCCGCCUGUGCAAGGAGAUCGAGCUGUUCCACUUUGACGUCGGCCCCUUUGAAAACAUGUGGCCUGGAAUUUUUGUGUACAUGAUCCACCGAUCCUGUGGGACAGCCUGCUUCGAGCUGGAAAAGCUGUGUCGCUUCAUCAUGUCUGUGAAGAAGAACUACCGCCGGGUCCCUUAUCACAACUGGAAGCACGCGGUCACUGUGGCACACUGCAUGUAUGCCAUCCUGCAGAACAACCACGGGCUCUUCACCGACCUCGAGCGCAAAGGACUGCUCAUCGCGUGUCUGUGCCAUGACCUGGACCACCGGGGCUUCAGCAACAGCUACCUGCAGAAGUUCGACCACCCCCUGGCCGCGCUGUACUCCACGUCCACCAUGGAGCAGCACCACUUCUCCCAGACUGUGUCCAUCCUGCAGUUGGAAGGGCACAACAUCUUCUCCACCCUGAGCUCCAGCGAAUAUGAGCAGGUGCUUGAGAUCAUCCGCAAAGCCAUCAUCGCCACGGACCUCGCUCUGUACUUCGGGAACCGGAAGCAGCUGGAAGAGAUGUACCAGACAGGGUCGCUGAACCUUAAUAACCAGUCACAUAGAGACCGUGUCAUCGGUUUGAUGAUGACCGCCUGUGAUCUUUGUUCUGUGACAAAGCUGUGGCCAGUGACAAGGCUGACGGCCAACGACAUAUAUGCAGAAUUCUGGGCCGAGGGCGAUGAGAUGAAGAAGCUGGGGAUACAGCCAAUUCCCAUGAUGGACCGAGACAAGAAGGACGAGGUCCCGCAAGGCCAGCUGGGGUUCUACAAUGCCGUGGCCAUUCCCUGCUACACCACCCUCACCCAGAUCUUCCCCGCCACGGAGCCGCUCCUGAAGGCCUGCAGGAAUAACCUGAGCCAGUGGGAGAAGGUGAUCCGGGGUGAGGAGAGCGCCUUGGGGAUCCUGGACCUGCCAGAGGCCGAGGGGUCCCCGGAGAGGCCGCCCGUGAAGACCGAUGACUGA